UGCGUGUGCAGUGGGCAGUGCUGCAGGUGAGUCUUACCUGCCGUGUCGUCCAGUCACUCGGCUUCAUCCAUCAAAUGCUCUGCUGCUGUAAUGGUUUUAUUGCAGCAUUAGCGCUGGACGCUGUGGGUGUCUGUUGACUCAGAGGAGCCGGAGAUGGACGGAACCAUCAUCUUCAUCACCUUCCAGAAGGUGUAUUACCCUCUGCUCUGCAUUCUGGGUAUUCCAGCAAACCUCUUCACCUUCUACAUGAUCUGCUUCCGCGCGUGCGGCAUGUCGGACUCGGCCCGGAUCUACCUGAGUUGCCUGGCGCUGGCGGACACCUGUUAUCUGGUGUGGGUCAUCCUGCUGGACCUGUGCCUGACCUUCCUGCAGGUCCAGCCCUUCUGGCACUCCUCCCCGUGGUGCGGGAUCAUGAACUUCCUGCAGUUCGGCACCUUCUACUGCUCCGCCUGGGUGGUGGUGGCCUUCACCAUCGAACGCUUCCUGGUGCUGAGAGUGACGGUGAGCCGCCAGCGCCCCCUGCAAGCCAGACACGCCCUGUUCACCUGCACCACCAUCGUCCUGCUGUCACACCUGGCCUCCGUACCUGCCAGCUGGAUCAACGUGGUGGUCCAGGUGAACAAGACUCUGGACGGUGAGGCGGUCAGUGUUCCUCGGUGCCUGUACCGCGAGGCUGUGUACUCCACGGUGGUGGUGUGGAUCACGUCCUUCCUGUCCAGUGGCGUUCCCAUCAUGCUGGUCCUCCUCUUCAACUCUCUGAUCGCGCACCACCUGCUGUGCUCCAGUCGCCUCUUCACCAAAGAGGAGCGCCGCACCAUCCGCGGGGCCAGGACACGGGGGUCCGUCCGCCGGACCCUCCUGCUGUUGGGGACUGUCUCGGUGGCGUUCGUGGUGCUCACUCUGCCACGCUUCGUCACCUACUGCAUCCUGCGCACCACCUACAACCACAAGGACUUCAACCGGGACGACUACGCCAUCCCCAUCAAUGUGGUCAGCGACGUUGCCAACAUGCUGCACAACCUGAACUCCAGCACCAACUUCCUGCUGUACUGCAUGGUCAGCCGGCGCUUCCGGCAGGAGCUGCUCAACACGCUGACCUGCCGGGCCAAAGCCAGGGAGCUGGGCUCCUUCUUCACCCACACCACCAUGAAGGUGUUCUCAGUGGCCGAACACAAAUACGCACCCGGCCGAGACCCCGUUUCCGUAAUGCUGACCAAGCUCAGAUACCUCCACGACUCGCCCCCCCACGACCCCCCACCGGCAGCAGUGGUCAGCAGAACCUCAGACUUUUCCAGCACAUUUUAG